AUACCGUCACAAAUCAAUUAUAAUGGCUCUAUCUUCUUCUUAUUACUCUUCGUCCUGGUCGGACUUGCUCCCGGAGCUUAUGGACGCUGUAUUCCACAGCCUAAACGAUGUCAAAGACAUCCUUAGUUGUGCAACCGUCUGUUCUUCCUGGAGAUAUUCUUCCUCCGCCGUGUACAGUCGCAAGUUCGUUCCUUUACUCUUUGUUUCCCAUCCCUCUUCUGCCUAUGAAGAAACUCGAUUCUCUGAUCGCUUUAGGGUUUUGUCUCUGGAUAAUUUAGGUUUUUCAGGUAAUGAUGAUCAGAGAUGGAUUUGCGGAAGCACAAGAGGGUAUUUGUUAACUGUCAAUGUUUCUUUCCAGUUCGAGGUAAGUUUACAGAACCCAUUUACUAACACCCUUGUUUCCCUGCCACCGUUGACAUCUUUUGAAGAUGUUCAGCGGUUGAUUCAGUUCCAAGCUACCUCUCAGCACUCUGGAGCGCUAACCCUAAUAAAGGAGUUUGUAAAGAAAGUUGCAUCUUCUAAAAGUUUAUUAGACUCUGAAUGCGUUGUGCUCAUAAUAUACAACACCGAUGGAGGAAAGCUAGCUUUCUGCAGACGGGGAGAUAAACAAUGGACGGAGUUAGAGUCUGAUCAUAUCGAUGACAUUGUGUUCUGUAAUGGCGUCUUCUUAGCCAUGGAUAGAACUGGAGUGAUAUAUCAGUGUGAACUUAACCCUGACAAUCUAAAGGCUGUUCCUCUAUGCACCGCCUCACCGUUUCGGUACGAGCCUUGCAAGAAGUGCUUUGCAGAGUCGGAUCACGGCAAACUGUGGGUGGUUCUACAGAAGCUAGACGUUAGCGACGAUUUUGAUUUCACAACGUAUUUCGAGAUCUAUGAGUUCAAUUCAGAGACGAAAGAGUGGACUGUGGUGAGAAGCUUGAGAGGUAAAGCUUUGUUCUUGAGCCCUCAAGGAAGAUGUGUAGCGGUUAUAGCAGGUGAAACCGGGUCUGGAGGAUUUAUCAAAGACAAUUCCAUUUACUUCACCGAUGGGAGUCUGAGCGUUUUUGAAUGGGAGAGUAAGCAAAGCAAGAAGCUUCACCAGUCAGGAUUUUGUAAUCUUAUGUUUUGGGUCACACCUGAAGAUGUUCUUCAAAGGUGAAAGACCGACACAUCUUAAUUAGGGAACUAUAGUUUUGGUAUUGCAUAGUAAAGGUUUUGUAUUCUUGUUUCAGUUUUG